AUGAUGUUCGCGGACGAUGUGGUGCUCUGUUGCGAGGGGGAAACCGAGCUGGAGGAGAACCUAGAGAGGUGGCGCGAUGGACUGGAGAAGAGAGAAAUGAAAGUGUCGAGAGCGAAGACAGAGUACAUGUGCUUGAAUGGAGUGCCCGAAGGAAGCUACCUUGGGAGCACGUUACAAGCGGAUGGAGGAGUGGACGCAGAGAUUAGCAGAAGGAUUCAAUCAGGAUGGAACAACUGGAAGAAGAUGAGCGGUGUGUUGUGUGACAAGAGGAUCCCAACCAGAGUGAAGGGAAAGAUCCACCAGACAGUGAUCCAGCCUGCAAUGCUCUAUGGGUUGGAGACGGGACCUCAAACAAAUAAGACGACAAAGAGAUUGAAGGUGGCCGAGAUGAAAAUGUGCAGAUGGGCGUGUGGGGUGACCAGGAGAGACAGAGUAAGAAAUGAGGACAUCAGAAGACAAAUGGGAGUGAAGAACAUCGGAUUAAGGUGCAAAAGUGCGAGACUGAGAUAG